AUGGACGAGGCAAGGCGUGCCGUUCGCGCAACUCUUGAAGAGAUGGAACUGAAUUUCAAGCUUGAUCCUCUUUCUUUGGGAGAUCGGAGCGACUACAACAAAGGCUGUGCAGAGAUUGUGGGGCUUCUUUCGCGAGUAAGAGCGCAUGCUCCCAGAGGCACAUCCGCCGGAGGAUCAGGAAGACUUGCACCCAACGACGGAGCAGCAGAUGGGAAAGACAUCGGCAAAUCAACGAACAAAGCGGCAAUGAAAGUUGGUUCAACAGCCAUACCCACUCGAUCUUAUGAGACCCAUGACUUGCUCAAAGCAAUCGACCGGAAAGACGUCGAGACGAUUAUGGCCAUCAGAGACUCUAAUUUUGACUUGCUACUGGACCUUGGUGGAAGUUCUAGCGCCAACACGAAUGCCAAGAAUUAUACUCCGCUUGGAUAUGCAAUGAGCCAAGGAAAGGAAUGGGAGGGCAUAUGCAUUGUGCUCACCGGCGCAUUGAGCCGGUUUGUCAAUCAGCUGCCGGAUCCCGAGGAGGUGGACUUGUCUUCACACGAUGCGGCUAAGCCAGCUACUACCGGGACAUCAAAAGCUCCGCGGAGCCUAAGGAGGCAGCUGGAUGCACGGACGAUGAAAAGAUUGCGCAAGGUGCGAGCAAAUCUGAAAUUAGCGAUCAAUGGCUCGCUUGCCUUGGAGCAGACCUCGCUGCUCGCUUCUUACUGUCAAGUGCUCAACAUGUCAGAAGGGGACAUGUUCAUCGAGAAGAGCAUCGGCGCCGUACAGCACGCCCUACAUGCUCGCAUUGUUGGAGGCGGAUCAAGCAUUAGCACCGACUCAAUCAUAACUUCGGCAGAUCCGUUUGCCAUUGCCCGUUAUGCCGUUUUGCAAUACGUAACCGAAGCACUGCGUUCAAAGAAGGACCGCAUCGCUGCACUGGAGGAUUUUAUUUCCAACUCUGUUGGCGACCUCAUCUUGAUGAGCUUAUGGGACGCCAUUCGUCUACAAACCCCCGAAAGCAGCGUGCUUUCGGAGACGGAGCAAGCGGCGGCCAUUCCAGACCUUGCAGAGCCCCUUCCAACAUACUUUUUUGCACGGGACGACAGAGUGUCCACAAGCUUUGUCGAACGUGUCAACGGGCUUGCGCAGGCGCUAGAGCUGGUCCGCGCUCAUUCGAACGUUCCAAAGAUCAAGCGUCAUGCGCGCAUGCUGAAUCGGGCCAAUGAAGUUUCACAGGCAUUCACCGAGUCUAUGCACCGCUUAACAUCCACAGAAAGGCUGAAUAUACUGCACACGGUCAUAAUGAAGUAA